ACGUAGUAUAUUACUUACUCUAUGGUGGUAGGUCGCUGUUCGUUGUAUAGUCGCGAUAUCUGAAUUUAUUCAUAAUUUUCUAAAUUAAACGCGGUAAAAAAAAGGUUUUACUAAUAAUUUCAUAUAUCAUUUGCGUAACCAUUGGGCAAGGAAAAAAUGAGUGUAUAGUGAUUUGAUAACGUGAUAGUGCAGUUUUGGAGGUAAAAUGCCCGCUUCCAUUUGCGACCCAGUAACAAGCGCAUUACGUUUAUCUUUGACUCCAGAUGAAUCGCAGAGCUCCUCUAUGCUAGAUGGUAGAUUAUAUUCUUCGGCGAAAAGUGUAUUAUUGUCUAAGAUUGAAUUUGAAGAAUCUGGUGAUUUCCAAGGGACUGUUCUCGACGUACUAAAGUCAAAGUACGUGGUGAUUCGACCUAAAAAACCAGUGCAUGAUAGCAAAAUUGUUAAAAAGGAAGGUGUUUCUGGUAUUCAAAGAUUCGCGUGUAGAAUUAUCGAGGAUGGAUUGCCAAAACCAAAUCGUGUACUGUACCCCUUUGAGAAAGUGCAAACAGGAUGGCAAUGUCCCUGGGCUGCUGGGGCUGGUAUGCAGAAUGUUGGCAAUACUUGCUACCUGAACUCCACAUUGCAAGCUUUGUACCAUGUUCCUGCUUUUGCAAAUUGGCUUGUUUCUGAAUCUUCUCAUGCUGACAAAUGUAACCAACAAGAAGCUUGUGUGAUAUGUGGUAUGCAAGCAACAUUAAUGGCUACUCAAAAAAGUGGUGGAGCUCCAAUUAAGCCUUGGCAGGUUUACUCUAAGCUGCGUCUAAUCUGCAGACACCUUACACCUGGUCGACAAGAAGAUGCUCAUGAGUUUCUUAGGUAUCUUGUUGAAGCCAUGGAAAAAUGCUAUUUGCUCCGGUUUGUGAAUUCUGAUAAACUGGAUCAGUACAGUAAGGAAACUACACCUUUGAAUCAAAUCUUAGGGGGAUACCUUAGAUCUACAGUGAGAUGUCUUGCCUGCCAACAUCUGUCUACCACUUAUCAGCAUUUUCAAGAUUUGUUGUUGGAUAUAAGGAAACAUUCUACAUUAGAUGAAGCACUUGACUCAUUUUUUUCUCGAGAAAGACUGGAAGAUUUGGGCUAUAAGUGUGAAGCAUGUAACAAAAAGGUAUCUGCAACUAAACAGUUCUUUAUUGAACGUGCGCCGAUGGUACUGUGCAUUGCCUUGAAGAGGUUCUCCUUAGUAGGAGGUAAACUUUCAAAACAUGUACAGUUCCGUAAGAAAAUAUCUUUGAACAAAUACAUGUUCCACAAAAACACGCAUCAACAAUUGUCUUAUAAAUUAGUAAGUUUGGUAACUCACCUGGGACCGUCUCAAAAUUGUGGCCACUACACAGCUAUAGGACAGGCACCGAAUGGGAACUACUAUCAGUUUGACGAUAGUUGUGUUCGACCUCUGCCUCUAUCAGCUGUAUUGGGUACAAAUGCAUAUAUAAUGUUUUUUGAAAAAGAUAAUACCACAGAUGAACCAUCUGCAUCCACACCUUCUUCUUCAAGUGUAGUCUAUGGACCGCAGUUACCUGAAAAUAUACUCAAUCGAGAAAAAAGCCCCCUUAAGUUAACAUUUUACAGAAAUGAUGAGAGGAAACCAGGUUUUCUCAGCAGUACCUCAACAGAUGCUACCAAAUCAGAAACUAAGCCUAUCAUAUUAAAUAGCACAUUGAGUAAAUCAACAGACUUAUGUCACGCUAACUCUGAACCAUGGGUUGUGAAGCAAAACGGCGAGGUUGAAAAAGUAGUUCAACCACCGAAGAUUUUGAAUGGUGUUGAUAAAACCUUUAAAGUUGAAGAUGACAAGAAAAUAAGCUUUGUGAUAAAAAAGCAAAAUGGUGAAGAGUGUCAUGUGAAACCUAAAUUGUCUAAAAGUGAAUCUGAUCUCAGAUUAAUGAUUACAAAUACAAAGGUAUUAGAGAAGUCUGCAUCUACUAGUAAAUUGGUAAAAACUUCUAAGUCACCUUUGGAAAAAUUAGAGGAGCAAAUGAACAAGAAUGACUUGUCAAAUCAUUCUGUGCGAAAUGGUUCCUCAAGUUCCAGAUUAGUUCCUUACGAUUCUGAGUCUAGUGGAGACGAAAGGACCGAAAGAUUGAGCGACGAAGUUGCUAAGAGAUCAACUCUCAAAGAUGACUUGCGCAAAACCAAGCCAAGUCGCUGUGAGUCUCCACAGGGACUCAUUGUCACCACUAAGAGUAUGCAUCAUGCAUGGACAGUCUCCAGCGAAAAGAGCGGACCUUUGCUCAGUCCCAGCCUAAAUGGUGACACAAAUAAGAAGCUUAAAGAGAAGGAGGAAAAAGAGCAGCAAGAACAGAACGAGCACAGUCCCAACACGAGCGUGAGCAGCAUGUCGCCGCUGAGCGACCGCAGUUCGCCGCCCGCCGCCGCGCCCAGCCCCGCGCCGGCGCCCGCGCCCGCGCCGGCCGGCGUGCUGGCGGGCGCGGAGACGGUGCGCCACCUGCAGACGCUGUCGCACCGCGGCUACGGCGCGCCCGUCGCCUCCUGGAACGGCAACCACAGUGCUCUCUCCAGACAGGUGUUUGAGGAGCGUCGCGAGGAGCGCAAGCGCGCGCUGGAUGCGAGUGACGAGAUGGACCGGGGCCGCACCAAGAAACUAAAGAAGUUUCACCAUUACAACAGGUUCAACAACAACAGGAAUGGCUAUAAUCCUUUCCAGGAAAAACAAAAUAAAAUUCACUGGGGAGCGAACUUCAAAUACCGAUGCGACAGGCGUGCCCAUCACUUCAACAAGCAUCACAAUAACAAAUACAAGCGAUUUAACAGGUACAGUAACGGUCACCACUACCCGAGGCACCAUUGACGGCGGCUUUUGCGAGUCCGCUCAAUUGUGAAUAUAGCUAGUAUAUGGACUUAAUUCCUAGUUUAGCGAUGUAAAAAUUCCCUGAUAGAUAAAACAGUUACUAUUUUUAAUGAACAUUGUUCCGCUGACGCCCUGGUUUGUCGAGGUUCAGCAUGAGUAUUAUAAAACAUGUCAACAUGCAGACGUUAACAUUUCCGAAGAGUUCGAUACCAUUUACUGCCAGUGUAUGCCUUUUCAAUAUGGUUAAGACAACACCACUAAAUAUUCACUCAUUAUUGCUGUUUGUAUUUUACUCCAAAUUAUUCUUACACUAGACCUAGAGAGUUAUUCGAUAAGUUUUUAUGUGACAUUUUCUGGCUAGUAAUGUUUUUUUGACGCUGCCUCCGCACGUUAGCCCCCAUGCUUAUCCAAUGAGUGGAUCAAGAAAUUAUUAUUGUUCCUAAUACUGGCGCGAGCAUUAAGAGUUGGCCGUCGCCUGUCGGUUUUAUUAAAGGCUCUAUUAUUAUAUCUAACGGCAGCACUCACGAUCUGUCCACACGUUGUCGCUAACUUCAGUCUGGUGGUAACAGGCAUUGAGUGUGUACUUAUUGUAGAUAUUAUAUUAGUCUGCAUUGCACGAGUAUAUAAUCCGCAUAUCUAAAUAAAAAAAUUAGAGCAAAUUCAAUUUCUGUAUCGGAGACUCAUGUUGGCUAGGACGGGACAGAACUAGUAUAAUAGCCAACGUGUAGAUGCCUGACCAAUUUAACCAAACAACAUUGCAUGAGCUUUGGGUCCUUGUGGAGCCAGCAUUAUGGAAAACAUCGACCAACAUACAAUUUGACAUAUUAUAUGUUUCUAAAUAUAAAGUACAAAAUUGGAUUAAUUAAUUUUAUUAGCAUUGUGUUUUCGAAUAUGCAUUUAAUAAAAUAAAAAUAUAGAAUAUAUUUUGAAAUGUAUAAUCUUUCCCGAUGACAACAUAAGACCCAUAGUUUUAACACAACCUAUAAAUUAUCACUUUCUGAUCAGGGUAUACAGUUGUGUGAAACAUACAUAUUAUGAAUCCUUAUAUGUAUAAUAUGUGUUCUGAAUAUUUGUGAUACGACUGCUGUAUAUGGUUUAUAAAAAUAUAGUCGCUACUUUGCGUUGUGAACUUUGGGCCGACACACUGUCGUGUGACAUUACGAAGGUGUCCGAUAAGUAAUAAUAAGUAGAAAAUUAUUAUAAUGUUCUUUACAUAAUAUACAUGGAACAUUAACUUGUAGACCACUUAUAAUAAAUCAUAAUCUAUUAAUAGACCGGAUUAUAUGCAAUUUAAAAACACCGGAAUAUGCAUGAAAGAUAUCAAAAUAUGCAACAUUAAUUAACGAAAAGAUACUAAUUAUUUAGUCUUCUUUCACUUAAAAUCAGAAUAAAAUUUGUACAUAUUAACAUAUUAUAACAUAAUAUUCAUAUUUAAAUAAACGAACACUGUAUUUUUAUUCAUCAUCAAACUAGAUUACUUUGGUAAGUAUUGUGUAUGCGGCAUAAAUAUCACGCUGAGAUGUCCGUGUCGGGCAAACGUGCUAAGCUCAAGCUUAUUUUCUGUGGCAAAAGUUCACUCGCCCCAAUAAUAGGAUGAGUUUUUAGCUAAAAAUUUCAAAUUCUAGGUUAUUUUUCAGCUUAGCAACUUCAUUAUCUUGGUUGGUAAUAUUUCACUUAUUGCUUGUUAUCCUAAAGAAGUAAUAUAAAUAUCGCCCAAUAUGGCGUAAAUAUGUACCAUGCGAAAAUUUAAGGCAUAUUUGCAAAGACCAGCCAAAUUGCAUAUAAUCCGGUUAUUAUUUUUAAUUAUUAUAAUUCUUCGUUGCGCCUUCCGUGUUUCUAUUAUAUGCAUUUUUUUAUUUCAACUAACAAAAAUUUAUCAUAAUUAUGAUAACGACCCAUAUUAUACGAAGUGGUAGAAUGUUAUGGAUUAUGUAAGAAUUUUUAUUAGACAGAACAUGUCACAUAAGUAGUGAUUAUUCUGCCUCAAUAUUUUCUUAUAAUUAUUAUUGAAUAUAAAUAACUACUUACCUCUAUUCUAUUUAUUUUAGCGCCAAGCAAUGAUGGAUUUUGAUUUAAGAUUGCUGUUUGUAUUAUUUGUUUCUGUUUUAGUUCUGAAAUAAUGGUAAACAUACUGACUGAAAUAUUAAGGAAGUUUAUUUCUACCAUAUUUUGGUAUAUAUAAUAUGAUGGUCUUGUAUGAAGGGUACUAAUGGUGGUAUGAAAUAGACUUAUUGGUGUCGAAUAAGCUGCAAAAAGUUUAUGGUCAUUACCACACACGAGUAACAUGUAAGCUAGGGUGUAGUUUGUAUGUUGUUUAGUUUUAACGACAAUAGCUUGCAAAUAGCACUUGCACAUGUCUAGUAUAAGUGAACGUUAAUAUACAAGCGCCCAAGGCCGGUACGUAUUGCAAUUCAGUUCUGAAUCGCAAACAUUUGAUAACAAUGCUUGCGCACUGUCUAUUGCAGUGCGGUUCGGUCCAUUGUGUGCGCUUACCCUUAGGUCACACUAAAUACUAUUUUGUUUUUUUUAUUAUUAAAGGAUUGUAUUCGGCGGCAAAAGUAUGCACCACCGAUUUUUUGAACAUGUUUGUUUCUAUAAACCUAGCGUCCAUUAUGACGGGCCGGGGCACGGUGGGCUGCACAGUGCUGCGCGCAGUAGUCGCGUCGCAGAUCCGCGCUCACAUGGAUGCACUACUGAACUAAAUAUAUAGGAGGCGGAUUCGUACGUUGCGACUCGACUGGACCCGCCUCGCUGGUGGACCUUUUAUAAAAGCCGUUAUUACAAAUACAAUAAUGAAGAUGAGUGAAUAAAGGUCAUAAUAUGUAAUUUGCUCAUAUAUUUUAUGCUAUUUAUAUCGUUACAACAUAAAAUGUUAAUAAAUCAUUACUUAAUAUCACCUUCAUCCACUGAUAUCUUCUAAGUUUUGCCACCUUGUUCGCCGUCUAUUGUUGUUUUUAUAUUCAUUAGACUAAGCAGCAGUCUGUUCUCGUAUGAUAUAACAGCAAAAGAUUAUGUUAUGUACAAUUUUAUUUGAACUAUUCAAUUUAUUGAUGCCUUUAUUUCGGAAAUAUUUAUUAUUAACGCAUGAAUUAGAUGGAUUGAAAAACUUUAUAUGUUAAAAGCGUGGUUGCCUGCUUUGUGUUGUAAAAGCGACAGAAAUAUUUGUCAGUAAAUAUAUAUAUAGGUGUAAUAAGUUGGAGUUAAAUGAAAAGGUUUAGGAAAAUAGUUGGAAUUUUAAAAAUAUUUACAUUGUAUUUCAAUAUAUAAAGCUUGGUAAACUUGUAAUAUGGAGUUCAAUAAGCAAUAUGCAUUUAAAUCAUGUUCAUAUUGCUUUGAUUUGUCAGAGGUAAAUAAAAGUCCAAGAAAAUGUUUAAA